CCUAGCUCACUAUCUAGAGAAAUAGAAACCUAGUCUAAAUUUAGAUAAUCUAGAUAAAGAAAAUUGAAUACUAGAUCUAGAUUUUAUAUCUUAAUCUAAAAUAGAUCUACUAUUCUAGUUCGUCCAUUGCCAGCGAUAUCGUGAUCCACUACCAUCCAGGGGGCUGAGGGCUUUGCACUGGACUGGGGUUUUGUGCCUCCUCGUGUGGCUGGUCUAGCUCCCACAUGUGCUGUGAAAGAUACCAAUGGAUUCAAGAAAAAUAAAGUUUGUUUUUAUAGGUGCAAAUUUGAAAGGAAAAUUAUUGUGUUUAAUAAAUAGUUUUUUCACAAAACCAAAUUCUGGUGUUCACAGUAGCAAGCAAUUUGAAUGGACAUAUUUUUAUCAGAACUAUACAACCUAUUCCAAAAAGCCUUCUAAGCCCAUGCUAACACUAUAUACCAAAAAUCCUUGUCCACUUUGUGAUGAAGCACUAGAGAAAUUAAAGCCAUUUUUGGAUCAGGUCAUUUUGGAAAAAAUCGACAUUACAGCCCCAGAAAAUCGUAGAUAUUGGAAAUCUUAUCGUUAUGACAUUCCUGUAUUUCAUCUGAAUGGAAAGUUUAUAAUGAAACAUAGAGCUAACAUUGACGUCUUUAAUAAUGAAUUAAAAGAAUAUUAUUUACAGGUUAAAAAAGAAACAGAAACCACCUAAACAAGUCAUUUCAAUUUGUUUAUUAAGCCUUGUGGACAACUUUCAGAAUAAAAUAUAUAACUCUUAUCAUUCAUCAUUCUUUUGUACUCAAUUGUUUUAAAUACUAUUGAUCUCAUUUUUUAACUUCUGGUGGAUGUAAUGUAUAAGAAAGAUAUGUUUCUAAGAUGAAAAUUGUUUGGUCAAGCUGUAUUUCUGAUAGCUCCAGCCUGGAAUAAAAAAAAAAAAGUACAAGUUCUACUUAAAUUCUUGUGAAAGAAAUAUGUUACUACACAAAAAGUACAGCUGUGAAAUAUUAUGAUUAUCAAUAAUUUCCAAUUGUAAAAAAAAACAACAAUACUGUGAUAUGAAUAAUUAUAUAUACAACAAUAGAAACUAGUAAUGCAGGUAGCAGUCAAGGACUAUUAAAUAAUUCAACAUCUUUUUACAAUUGUUAGGUACAUACGUUUUGGCUGCAUCACUAAUUUUUUUUAACUGUGCUUUUUCACUUGGUGUAACCAUUUGUUCAACUUCUUCUUUCUGCUCAAUGGCACCUUCUGCAUCAAGUGAUGCAAUAAUUGCCUCUACCCUGUCUUGUUUAUCCAACAAACGUCUGUAGUUAAAAAAAAAAUUAGAAUAAAAUAAUGCCGGCUGAAACCUUGAACAAAUUAUAAUUUUAUUUCCCAGCAUGUUAUUGUAGCUUUAAAAUUAGUCUAUUUUAUGCUACUGAUGUAUUUCAAACUGUUUUAAGAGAAGCACUUAAAUCUGAAGGAUAGUGAAUUAAAUGUAUGUAGGAAUGACCAUUAUUUUACAAUAUGAUAAAAAUAAAGUUCAAAUUUUUUUAAGA